AUGGACAUACAAGACAAGAAGAUACACGGCAGUAGUGCCAUCACACCGCCGGCAACACCAACAUCUCCCUCACACUUCGCCUCCGGCUCUACGUCUGAUUACUGUGGUCCCCUAAAUACUCUGGCGCGCCAAGGAUCUACAGCAUCGACUGCUUCUGUCCCUCGCUCACCCUCGAUACAUUCCCACCCUGUCGCACUUCAAGUCUUCGAUCACGAGACACUCGAGUACGUGAUACUGGUUGAUGAUAAAGGCAAAAAGCGACCUAUAGGCUCAGGUGUAUGGAGCGAUGUGUACCUCGCAGCCCCAAGCGAACCGGAGUCUGUUGAUCAGCCCUUCCUGUUACCACCUUCUGCUACCAAGUCGCCCCCUGUAUCCCCUAGGAAGUCGAACGAUUCAGCCAUCGGGCUGUAUACCUUCCCUGCUGUACCACCACUAUACGCCAUAAAAGCUCCUGCGUCCACCAGCUCGCGCAAAGUUCUAAAAGAAGAGGCGAAGAUUCUGUCCUAUCUAUCCCAGUUCCCAGAUUCCGAUAACCACGUCGUACAAUUCUUCGGCCAGGAUGUUCGCAACGAUGCGCUAGUCUUGAAGGCCAUGGAUGGAACAUUGGAGGACUGGAUCAAGAAGGACCUCAAUAACCUCGACGAAGAUCUCCGCGCUACGAAACUUGCGGCCGUGUUCCCUCGCCUGGCAUUGGCCCUCAUCGACAGUCUCAUGUGGAUGCAAGGCAAGAACUGUAUUCACGCAGACAUCAAGCCCGCGAACGUUCUCACAUUCAGGGCCCCUGCAGAUCUUACCUCUGUACCAACGAUUGUCUACUCUGACUUCUCAUCGACCAUUUUGAUAGCUCCAGAGAUUGAGGUUCACAACGCCUCGCCACUCGGAGCCGGAACCUGGGACUACCUCGACCCUUCCCUGCUAAGCAGUUCAGCACCUGCAGAGCCGUCCGCUGCCACCGAUCUCUGGUCUCUCGCCAUCACCUUACUGUUUCUGAUUAUCGGCGCAUCGCCUUUCGGUGCUUUCAGGCACAACAAGUACCAGCAGCGCGAGAUGAUCAAAUCCGGAAGUCCUCUUCAAUGCCUGGCAUACGAUGAUGCGGGCAUCAAGAACGUGCGCAAGAUGAAGGGUCUCUCGAAAGCUCUUGGGCUCGAUCUGCAUAAGUGGUUCGCCAAGGUACUCGUCAAGGACGUCAGUAAGCGCGUUGAUGUGGCUGAGUGGAGGUACGAAUUGGAGCGCGCUACGACGAAGGUGGGCUCGAUAAUCUAG